AUGGAUGUGAUUGGCACAAUUGACCCUCCUGCUUCAAAUGGGCAUCGAUUUAUAUUGGUGGCAAUUGAGUACUUCACCAAAUGGGUCGAAGCGGAAUCAUUCAAGCACGUGACAAAGAAGGUGGUGGCGAAUUUCUUAAGAGAUCACAUCAUAUGCCGAUUUAGGGUGCCGGAAACAUUGAUUACAGACAAUGCCAAGAAUCUCAACAAUGAUAUGGUGGACGGGCUAUGCGAACAGUUCAAAAUCAGACAUCGCAACUCUGCCAUCUAUAGGCCGCAGAUGAAUGGAACUGUAGAAGCCGCAAACAAGAAUUUGAAGAAGAUCAUUCGCAAGAUGACUGAAAAGCAUCGUGACUGGCAUGAAAAGCUCCCUUAUGCACUAAUGGCGUAUCGCACUUCUAUCCGAACAUCAACUAGGACAACACCCUACUCGCUCAUGUAUGGAAUGGAAGCUGUGCUACCUGCCGAGGUCGAAAUCCCUUCAUUGCGUAUUCUAAUGGAGACCAAGUUGGAAGAGGCUGAUUGGAUAAAGCAGCGUUAUGAACAACUGUCCUUGAUUGAUGAGAAACGACUUAAUGCUAUUUGUCACGACCAAUGUUAUCAAAAACGCGUGGCCCGGGCCUACAACAAGAAAGUCCAUCGGCGUACAUUUGAGGAAGGUGACCAAGUACUAAAACGAAUUUUGCCAGUACAGGAUGAGGCAAAAGGCAAAUUCGCUCCAAAUUGGCAAGGGCCAUUCAUUGUUCAAAAGGCUUCUUUCUCGAGGCAUGUGAUUUCGAAAGAGGGAAUUGCUGUAGACCCGGCGAAGGUGGAGGCAGUGACUGAGUGGAAGAGGUCUGAAAGUCCCACCGAGAUUCGAAGCUUCUUAGGGUUGGUAGGUUAUUACCGUCGGUUUAUUAAGGAUUUCUCGAAACUUGCCAGUCCUUUAACCAAUUUGACAAAGAAAAGUGGUCGGUUUCUGUGGGAUGCCCGGUGUGAGGAUAGUUUCAGGAAUUGA